UCAUUUCUUGGCAACGAAUUACAUAUUGUCUCAGUGCAUACUUUAAUACUAAGCUGAUUAGAUUGCAGGAAUAUCUAGUUUCCCAGUGAAUUUUUCGAUUCCAGUUGACGAAAUCUUUUCUCAGAAUAAACCAUUUGAGUGGUUUGAACUUUAUUACGUCAUCAAGUUAGCCUACCUUCCCCUUCGCGCUUUCUGUAGAUUAUUGGCUUUACUACCGAACUGUCACCACAACUCGCGGUUGCCUAGUGCCUAGUGCCCACACAGAACGACGAACAUUGGUGUCGAACUUCCAGAAAGCAGCCUUUUGAAUAUGAAUUCGAUUUUAAUUACCGGCUGCAACCGAGGCCUCGGCCUUGGACUCAUCAAAAGCUUUCUGAGCCUAUCGUCUCCUCCGCGCCACAUUAUCGCAACUUGCCGCAAUAUUCAACAAGCUGAGGAGCUCAAUUCACUCGGGAAGCAGCACAGUAACUUGCACAUUCUCCAAAUAGAUUUGAAGGAUGUCGACAAGUACGACCAGUUUGUGCUGGAAGUGGAAGCUAUCGUUCAAGAUAACGGGCUGAACGUGUUGUUUAACAAUGCCGGCGUAUCUCCGAAAUCGACCCGUCUCAAUUUCACCAAAAGCGAAGAUUUGAUCGAUACGUUCGUGACGAAUACCGUCGCGCCGAUAAUGCUCACAAAGGCGUUUGUCCCUCUACUAAAGAAAGCUGCCGAAGUUAACGCUUCGUUACCGAUGGGUCCGCAGAAAGCCUGUAUCGUUAACAUGAGUUCGAUUUUGGGAUCAAUCGCUGCGAACACGGACGGCGGACUCUAUGCGUAUAGGACAUCGAAGGCGGCGCUAAAUGCAGCGACAAAAUCGAUUAGCCUGGACUUGAAGCCGAAUCAGGUCAUGGCCGUCGCUUUACAUCCCGGAUGGGUCCGUACCGAUAUGGGCGGCUCGAAGGCUCCGCUAUCGGUGGAUCAAAGCUGUGAUGAGAUGGUGCAGACGGUAAUGCAGUUGAAUGAGAAACACAACGGAGGAUUUUUACAGUUUGAUGGCAAAGAGUUGCCGUGGUGAGAUGUUUGUGUUCAGUCAGUGGUGAUGUCUCCGUUUAUUAGUUAGAUAGUGUUUCAUAAGAUGCAUUGGGUUGGCGUAGCUAUCUUUUGAGAGUUACUUGUUAAGUAUUAUAUAUGUUAGUUAUGCUUUCAAGAAAGAAAUCCAUGAUUAUGUAAUAGAAUAGAAUUAUCGGGUUGAUCUAUAAAAAUAAAUAUUAGAAAACGUAUAGAAUAAUGCAUAGUUUAGCAAA